GAUGCCCCCAACAAAGUCGCCCCGGUCAGAGUAGCCCCCUGACAAGGUUUAUUUCGUGUUUUGAUAGUUAAAAGACAACAUAACUUAUGAAAUAUCUUUCUGGGCGCAACAUAAUACACCAAAUCUGGACGAUAUGACGAUAUUAUUAUCAACACGAUACAAUAUAUUGUAACAGAAUUUUUUUUUUUUAAGACGAUAUUUUCCAGGAUUGUUGUACAUGUUCAUUUUUUUAAAAACCCCUUCGGGUUUUUUCCCAAGGAAUUCUAACAAGCUCACAGGCAAAUCAUACUUAAAACAUGAAGCCGUUAAACUUUGAGUUUUUUCUGACUUCAAAUUUUUAAUUUUGGCUCAACCCAUAUACUUUGUAUAUAUUGUUACAGAUGGGCUUCACAUCUGGUUCACAAAGUAUGCUAGCUUUGGCACCCUUGUAGGACGUACAUGCUCGGUUGCAUUCCCCACAUGGAUAUUUAGGAGGGCGGGGGCCAGGGUUGGACUCCACAUCACCUGCUUGAAGGAUUGACUUGCAGGUAAAUGAAAUGACGCUGCCAAUAUACAACAACGAGAUGAUAGCAAGAACAAUCCAUAAGGAUGACCCGGGGAGACAAGGAUGAUGAAGAUGGCAUGAACUUCUAGUUGAAGUUGACAUAAUCGUUUGAGUUGAUCACAUCUGUUAUGGGUAGUACUAGUAGUAAUGUGUGAGGGGCUGUUUUUAACCAAGAGUACAAUUAUCUGUUCGAAAAUUAUCCUUAAGAAAUCAUAUACAGCAAUCCUGUAACUCCGACUGUAGUGUGUAGAAGGAACGCUAGGACGCCCUCUGUUGGCAACACUAAUUAAUCAUACAGAUCGUCGACUUACAUGACUCCAUGAUCGAUAAAAGAGGAAAAAUAUCCAACACUGGAUGAACCAAUCCUAUUGAUAACAACACCAGUUGAACCGGAGGCGUUACUUUACUGGAAUACGAAGAGAUUACAGAAGAAUUACAACCGGAGAUUGGAUCGAAAAGAAGAAUAAAUUUCCGCACUGAAAACACUGACUGAACCAUUCGAGUCGGACGCAUGCGCAACCUUCAUUCGAUAGCUGUCGAAAGCUGUCGAGAAUUGUGAUCUUGUGGACAGCUCUGUGUGCAUUUCUUUAUGUCAAUAAACUCUGCACUUGUGUUGGAGCACAGUUGGUCUUUUCUCAAUGCUAUGUCUAUGGUUUGGAGUUGCUUUGGAAGAUCACUGAUUUGGAAUUCACUGAACCAUCAUCAGAGGGGAAAGACUACACAGCAUUUUGAAUAAAGACCAAGUUUGAUUUGGAAGAGGAACAUCAGUAAAAACAUAGCAGUCACCUACAGCAAGAGUCAGUGGUUACAUCAACAAGAUGAUUGGUGGGUCCAUCAAGCAGGGACUGAUGGAGCGACUGAUCACACUCUUUGCUGUUACCGUAAUACAGUCAUCCAACCGGUAUCAUGCAGUCAGUUGUUUAGAGGCCAGACUGGUGGUAACUAAUGAUGGGCCAACAAUUCUCGGUUCAAACACAACAUUUAGAGCAACUCUCAGCUUCUUGGGCCAGAAAGAUGAACGACUGCCCACUCUACACCAGGAAAAGAUGUUAUAUGAUUAUUCCUGGGAGCAGACAAUCUGCGGGAUGGUACAAACCGUUCACAUGAAGCAAAACCUAACGUGUAACUACACACAAGUCUACUCUUGUCCAGAAGACGAAGGGCGACACUCGCUGAAAGUUACUGUCAGAGUUUGGGAAUUAAUUGGGUAUCGUCGCAUUGCAGUAAACACAUCAGAGUUUGUAAUAACAGAAACAAUCAAUGCCAAUCUUAGCAUAUCACCAGGAGCAUUCUGCAAUUCAUCCAGCGGUAAAGAAUCCUGUACCUUGGUAGCAACCAACCAGUCUGUUGACAUGAACGUCAACAUUUAUGACCCAAGUGACUAUUUUAAAGGAGCAGUCUUGAUGUAUGACUGGGUGUUUGGUGACGGGUAUACACAAGUAGGUCUGGAUGAGCCAUUGAAUUCUCACAAGUACACGAGAUAUGGGAAUUAUAGCAUAACUGUUAACAUUACUGCCAUCUUCUACAACAACCGCAAAUCUUUAUUGGGAGAGACUACUAAAAAGGGAACAGUGACUUACAGAAUACAGACGAUGGAUGCAAUCAGGAAUCUGACAAUUCAUGGAGCGACUGAUGUGGAAGUUGGAACCAAAAACCGCUAUGAAAUAGUUUGCAAUGCUAGCCUACCCUUAUCUCUGUGUUGGUUCGUGGUGGAAAAAUCUCAUCCUUAUCCACUAACCCUCUCCACUACUCAUCCAUGUAAACGAGUAGUUCUGACGAAUCGAACCAGGCUAGAGGUUUAUCCACAGUUUAAUGAUACAAGGACCUACAGUGUAGGGGUGUAUGCACAAAAUGCAGUCAGCUUCUCCCAGACCUACAAGAAUGUCAAGUCAAUCUCGAUGGUUCCCCAGAGAGUAACUGGUCUUACCCUUGGCAUCUUGGUUGGUAUCGCAUUCUGCUUACUCUGUAUUGCCGUUUUGACCAGCUACGUCAGGAAACAGGCAAAUAAACACGUUGAGGUGGCCAACUUUGACUUCCAGAAUUCUGUGCGCCGCAAGCCAAGUACGAGCUUGCUACUGCAGUCUGGAUACGAAAGUCGGGAGGACAUACCAUUUGCCAAAGACACAAACAAAAACCGGAUGUUAUGAUGAACCAAACUGUCUUACCAAAAGGAAGGGUAAUGUGUUUUUUAGGAGUUAUUGCCAAACUCACGAGGCCAGAUGGUCACUUCUAGGUGAGAGCUAUAUCAAACUGAUUUGGGCUAUCAACCCAAAUCAACUGCCACCAUCGGCACAUUGCCACUACUCCUGGGGCUGAACCAAGGUUUACCCCCUUAUCAGUCAAUAAGGAUGUAGAAAUGGGUAUCAUCUUAUAAAGGAGCCUGGUUGGUAGAGGAGAAUGCACUACCUUCCCAACUUUUUGUGAAGCAAUCAUGGUAAAGUGCCUUGCUCAAGGGCACAAGUGUCAGGACCUGGAAUCCAACCAACACUCUGCUGCUGGCAGUACCAGAGUUUGGAUCCGGUAUUGAACUAGACAGCCUAGCCACGACACGCCUGAGAAUGUGGACUGUGUUGAAAGUCUCUUAGCAUUACCCUAUGAUUCUGAGAAACAGGAAAGUAUAUUGAGCUUAGCCAUCAAGGGUGACAAAGGGAUUGAGUAGCCCUUUGAAUUUCUUUAUUUAAUAGACCUCAUGUGAUGCACAAGAUGUCACUGGAGAAGAACAUAUUGUGCAGGUCAAUGGAGGUCACUAUUUUGUCUACACAGCGCGCGCCGCAUGUACAUAGGUCCGCAUUUUAUACUAUUUCAUCAUUGUUUAACCUUAUGGCAUCGAUUAAAUGCUUAAUGGGGUCACUCACAACUGUCAGCAUUUUCAUGAGCAUACUAUAAUUCAAACACUUAUUUGUAUGUCAGAAGCACUUGCGCAUUGCUUGCUUUGUUAGUUUCCACUCUGAUUCACGUGACAAAUUAUGUCUAUUGCUGGCAUGAGACAAAUUUGGGGAAAAAAUCUGUAUUUGAGUUCAUUUUAGAAAAGGCAGGCUUAAGAUCCCCCCCACUCCAAUUUUCAGCGUUUGAUUUGUACACUUGUGAAAAUGUUGAUAUUAGUGAGCAACCCUCAAGAAAGGAAGAGGUUCCUACAGUCCUUGAUCUUCCCACUUCUCUUGGUCUUGGUGUAAACUUCAAAUUAUAUUUUGGGUAUAAGUAUUUUACUGAUUUUUUUACUUGUCUAAAGAGGACUGUACACUUUCAAUAGCUGAAAUUAAUAUUGCAAUGUAAGUUUUUGAUAGCAUUUUCAACAAAUGUGCCAAGUGUAUCCAUAGUAUUGCAUGGUUUAUUCAUUGUGUACAUAAUAUACAUGUACAGCUGUAAAUAUUUAAAAAACAUGCUCCACCUUGUAUGCUUCUUAUGUAUUACCUUUAUAUUAUUCAGUAUUAUAUGAAUAACAUUACUAUGCAUUUCAAUUCGAAUGACACUAAAUUAGAUACAGUUGCCUGGGUACGGCCUCUGCAAAUCCAUGCAGAACUGUUCUUCAAUUCUGUGGUUGGUAAUUCCUUGUGCAAUACACUUUAAUACUUUUUUUUUUCGACGAUCAAUGCAGAUGUUUUACUAUUUACCAAAAUGCAGAUUCUGUGCUCAGAUUAGUCAAAGACUGCUACGAAGAAGAGUAAAGAUACAUUCUUCUUUUUGUUUAAUAAUUAAAUAUUUAUUAUUUUUUGUUUGCAAAAAUAAGUCAAAGGAAGACUGAUUCAUCCUGAUUUGAACAAACACAUUUUCAAGAGCUCCACUUGAACCUUUAUUAAUAACAUUUGUGUAGUUAUUGAGAUUUGUUUGUUUUGUAUUUCACUUAAUUUUUGUUAAAUUUUUGUUAUAAGAAUAUCAAUAUUUGUAAUUUAUUUGUUGUUGUAUUCGUUUUUGGUAAAGUCUGUAUUUUGUCAAGUGAUGAAGACUUCAUCAGUAGGUAUAAUGUACAAAUAUAACAUGGUUUGAGGGUGACUAGUCGAUAUUAGCUACCCGAGGUAUUGGAAGUUGACAAACUUCUUCCAAUACCGAGGGGAGCUCAUCGACUAGUCACCCGAAAAAAAAACAUGUUAUAUUUGUUGUACUAUACUAUAUACAUAUUAAGUUACCGGAACAUGAGUUUUGAGCAAGAAAAAAUGAUGACAGUUUAUGUAUAUGGUGGAUUACAUAAAGUGCUUACACUGCAAGCAACUGUUUUCAGCAAAAACCAUUUGUGUAAUGUUCAUUUAACACCUUAGCUACUCUGAUAUUCACAUACUGCUCUAUCUAGAAGAAUGCAUCUUUGGGUUCUGCCCAUAUAUUGACUUUGAUUGACUAUUAAAUGUACGUUUAAUUUUAUUUUCUGAUGUUUUGAUUACUGCACUCAUAAUGACAUAAACACAGGGGUUCAUUUUAAUGAUUGAAUGUUUUUUAUUUAUCAAUUUCUGGUUGAUAAUUUGUUGUUAAAUACUGUACUCAAUGUGUUCAAUAUUUGGUAAUCUUUUAAGUCACUUGGAAAUAGAGUUUUUUUUUCUUUCAAACAUAAGAGUAUAUGCUUACAAACAAUAAAACAAUUUUUUUAGUAAUUGG